CCACGGUCGCCACCCAGGGCUGUGGCACACCUGCGGCUGCCCAGCAGAUGCCCACCGGCCGGCCGUUAUGAUCCCAGAAGAAGAGAGCCCCUCCGGAGCGGAAGCGGAUGCCGACGGAGGGCUCCCCCUCCUGCUUCUGCCCUGCGAUGGGGGCAGCGUGCGGAAGGGCUGCGAUCCGUUGGCGCAGACGCAGCGCAGCAAGUUGCAGCACCGCCGGGCGCGAAUCAACCAGCAGAUCAACAAGGAGAUGAGGAUGCGGGCAGGGGCCGAGAACCUCUUCAGGGCCACCAAUAACCACAAAGUAAAGGAAACGGUUGCCUUAGAACUCAGUUACGUCAACUCCAACCUGCAGCUUCUGAAGGAGGAACUGGAGGAGCUGAACAGCUGCAUGGAUGUCUACCAGAAUGACAACGACUCCAUCAGCGUUCCCAUGGUCCCCCUGGGGCUCAAAGAGACCAAGGAGCUGGACUGGGCAGAACCCUUGAAGGAGAUGAUCUGGGAACACUAUGGUGAGGAUGGUGCCUUGUACGAAAGCGAGAUCAAAGACCUCGUGGAGCUGCGGCAGGCCAUGCGCACCCCCAGCCGGAACGAGGCGGGCCUGGAGUUGCUCAUGGAAUACUACAGCCAGCUGUACUUCCUGGACAACCGCUUCUUCCCUCCCAACAAGAACCUGGGAGUUUUCUUCCACUGGUAUGACUCCUUAACGGGCGUGCCUUCCCACCAGAGGGCUUUGGCCUUCGAAAAGGGGAGUGUGCUUUUCAAUAUCGGCGCCCUGCACACCCAGAUCGGCGCUCGGCAGGACCGUACCACUUUGCAAGGCGUGGACUGCGCUAUCGAGGCUUUCCAGAAGGCGUCUGGUGCCUUCAACUACCUGAAGGAGAACUUCUCCAACGCCCCCAGCCUGGACAUGAGCGCAGCCUCUCUGAACAUGCUGGUGCGCCUGAUGAUCGCCCAGGUGCAGGAGUGCGUCUUUGAGAAGCUCAUCCUGCUCGGAGCCCAGAGAGACUUCCUCGCCUGCCUGCAGCUCGCCCAGGAAGCCGCCAGGGUGGAAGAGGUCUACUCCUUGGUGUAUCAGACAAUGACCCAACCCCACGUGAAGGAUUACGUCCCUUUUUCGUGGACUACGAUGGUGCAUGUCAAAUCCGAGCACUUCAAGGCUCUCUCUCACUGCUACGCUGCCAUGGCUCUUUGCGACUGCCCCCCUGCGUCUGACGCGGAUCUCCCGGAGCACGAGAAAGCUUUCCUCCAGUUCCACGUCACCCCGCCACAGGGCCCAGACGUCCGGCUGCUCUUGCAGGACCAAGAAGAGAGAAGGAAGCUGGGAAAGGCUCACCUCCGAAAGGCCAUCAUGAGGCACGAGGAAGCCAUGAGGAUCCACAGCCUGUGCAAGAUCUUGAGGAAGAUGGACAUCCUCCAGGAGGUCCUGUGCCUUGCCCACAAGCGGUCGCUCGGCAAGUACUCGGAGAUCGACCACGAGGAAGACUUCUUCGAGACGGCGGACGCCCCCGACAUCCACCCAAAAACUCACCAGAGGCCAGAAAUCAAAUCUCCCAACUUCUCCAAGGUGAAAGUCACAGACAUCUUCCAUAGACUGGGCCCGCUGUCGGUUUUCUCCGCCAAGAACAAGUGGCACCCCCCAAGGACGGUGCGCCUGGUCCGAGGCGAGAACGGCUUUGGGUUCACCCUCCGAGGGGAUUCCCCGGUGCUCAUCGCUGGAGUCAUUGCAGGGGGCUGUGCGGCGGACGCCGGCCUGAAGGAAGGCGACUACAUCGUCGCCAUCGACGGCAAGGACUGCAAGUGGUCCAAGCAUGCGGAGGUGGUGCAGCUGCUGAAGGUGGCCGGGGACGAGGGAGCGGAGGUCGGCGUCAUCACCCUGCAGUACUCCGAAGGGCAGGGCGUGGUGGACAAGAAGUCUUCGGCGAUGGGUCCUGGCGUUGCUGGUGGCGGCGACGGCAGCCUCCUGAAGAGCAACAAGGAGAACUGCCGGAAAGCCCUGAUGCAGAGCAAAGGCGCCAGUUCCCUCCUGGCGUGGGGUAAACGCAGCAAACGCAGCAAAAGCAGCAGCAGCGGCAGCUACAGCCUCCCUUUCUCUGCCGUGGGGGACAACGAGCUGGCCUGCUGAGCGGCUCCCACUUCCUGCCCCUGCGCCUUCACUCCCCGGGCGGGAGAAUGAGGCGGCAGGUUCCCGGCCGAGGAUGCCCACCCCACGGGCGUUUCUGGAGCGUGCAAGGCGGCAGCGGAGUCGAGGGUUCUGCUGAGGCUGGCUUCUGAAAAGCAGGGGAUUCG